AUGGACAUGCCUCCAGAUCUCGACCAAAAGACCCCAAAGGGUCCACGACUAACCUUCGCAAACCCAUCUCACCAAAACCACAACGGCAACCACGCCCUCAAGCCCUCACAACAUGUCGUCCCCGCCACAAACCUACGACCUCCUCCUCGCCCCGCGGCGCAUAAUCACAACCCACAACGUCUCGGGCCAGCCCGUCCUCGAAACCUCCUUCCCCAACCUCUCCCCAAAAUCCCCUACCUCGGCGCGGACGCCUGCUUCGUCUACACGGCCGCCUGCCUCCCCGUGUCCCUCGCCUCGGACGCCGACCUGGCGACCUACAAAUCCCACCUCCCGCACAACGUCGGCAUCGCAUUAUCCGACGGCCCCGGCGCCCCGCUCCACCGCACCGAGGCCGUCAACACGGGCGUCGUCGUCGACGGCGAGCUGGAGAUCUUCCUCGACAGCGGCGAGACGGUCACACUGGGCAAUGGCGACCGGGGCACGAUCCAUGGGUGGCGCAACGCGAGCGAGGAGACGGUGGCGAGGCUCUUUGCCGUGCUCGCGGCGGCGGACAUGCCCGUCGUCGCAGGGGAGAAGUUGGGCGAGAAGCUCCCAACACGGAACGCGGAGUUCAAGUGA